GGAGGAGCCAUGCCCCGGCACUGCUCGGCCGCGGGCUGCUGCACCCGCGACACGCGCGAGACCCGGACCCGCGGGAUCUCUUUCCACAGGCUGCCCAAGAAGGACAACCCCCGGCGUGGACUCUGGUUGGCCAACUGCAGGCGGCUGGACCCCAGCGGGCAGGGUCUCUGGGACCCCGCGUCCGAGUACAUCUACUUCUGCUCCAAGCACUUUGAGGAGAACUGCUUCGAGCUGGUGGGGAUCAGCGGCUAUCAUAGGCUGAAGGAAGGGGCCGUCCCCACCAUAUUCGAGUCCUUCUCCAAGCUGCGGCGGGCCUCCAAAACCAAGUCCCAGGGCUUCCACCCAGGCUCCCCCGAUCUCGCCCGACUCAGGAGACGCAGACGCCGCUGUUCUGCGGGCCUGCCACCCCCUCCUCCUGUAAACAGCACCCUGGUGAACGGGCCACCUCCUGGCGAUGUCCCCUGCUUCCCCGGGGAAGAGCUGCCUGACCCCGAAGGCCCGGCUCCCCCGGAGAGCCUGCCAGCCCUGCCACCCUCGCCGGCUCCCAGCGGCCUCGUGAGCCCCUUCUCCGACCUCCUGGAACCCCUGGCCCCCCAUGGGGACGAAGCGAGCUGCGCAACACCCCCCUCCCUGGAGCGGGAGCCCUCGCCCUCUGCGGCCCGGCCCGUGUCCCCCUCAGCCUACAUGCUGCGGCUGCCCCCGCCGGCCGGGGCCUACAUCCAGAACGAGCACAGCUACCAGGUGGGCAGCGCGCUGCUGUGGAAGCGGCGGGCCGAGGCGGCCCUGGAUGCCCUGGACAAAGCCCAGCGCCAGCUCCAGGCCUGCAAGCGCCGAGAGCAGCGUCUGCGCCUGCGGAUCGCACGGCUGCAGCAGGAGCGAGUGCGAGAGAAGCGGGCCCAGGCGGACGCCCGGCAGGCUCCCAAGGAGCACCCACAAGGCUUUGAAAUGCAGUGAAGCAGUGCUUGGGGUGCCGGCCGUGCCACCCCAGACCUCUGGCUUGCUCUGUGGGGGAUGGACCAAAACAGUAUUUCUGGCACUUUUUGAGAUCUGAAUUCCUUCUGCUCCCUCCCUGCAUGCAGUCAUGUGGCCAGGCUGAGCACCCCAUGAGUGUCGGCCCCUUGCCGAAGGGGCACCAACGGGUCUUGUCUCACUCGUGUCUGUUCCAAACCACUGUGUGAUGGUCAGGGGGAACACUGCAGCCCACCUAAGAACAGCGGCCCCCAGGGGUGCACUCAGCACCCAGAGGAAGUGACCGGUUGGGCCUCUCCAAGGACUCUGGACCUCAACACACACCACAGUGGUCAUUCCCACCCCCUCCCCAGCCAGAGGCAGACAAGCAGAUUGACCAGUCAGAGUCCUUUAUUUCUGCCCAGAGCAGUCACUAAGAACAGUCUGGGAUGUCGGAAACCUCAACAAUAGGCAGCCCAGUGGGCCACCAAGGCCUGCAUUUGCUGAUUUGGGCCUUUCCCCUGGUACCUUCCCCUCUGGGUAAGCUUCAAAAGCACCCCAACAUGGGCUGCAAGGCCCAAACGAAUAAGGAAGGACAAAUAAAACACUCGAGUGUCCCCUGCUGGGGCUGGGCCCAGGCCUGGCAAGACCUCAUCUGCCCAAUAGGCUCAACUAGGUAGAGGUGACAAAGGACGCUGCUAGAAGCCAGAAGGUCAGGGGUCAGAGGAAGGGUCCCACUAGGGCGUGGCCUGGACACUGUCCCUCCCUUGGGCCAUGGUCCCUCAGCUCCCACGGCUAGGCCUGUAGACACCCAGGCAGGGCCCAGGGCCCAGCCGCUCCUGCCACCCCUCCAAGCGGUAACAGACUGGGGGUCCCCGGGCUCAGCCCAGACCUCAGUCUUUGGACAUCAGGACAAGGAAGAGCAGUGGCAUGCCCCAACCCCCAGCCUAAAAGGGUAAGAAGGGGCAGAGGCCUAGAAAUAAAAUAAAAUAAAGCUGAUCCAAGAUAAAGAA